GGAUGAGGCGACGGCUGAAGUUGGAGCAGCGAGCGGCGGCAGCGGCAGCGACAGCAGGAACAUUAGCAACCACAACCGCAGCAGCUGGAGGACCCACUACGGAGGAGACGACAACGACGGCGGCGGAGAGAGGGGCCUGGAGCCGACCCUGACUCCUUCGUCUCUCCCGUCCCGGGAGGUAGAGCGCCCGAGCCCAGGCCCCCCCUCUCAGCCAUGAACCUGGCCAGUCAGAGCGGGGAGGCCGGCUCCAGCCAGCUGCUCUUCGCCAACUUCAACCAGGACAACACAUCCUUAGCUGUUGGGAGUAAAUCUGGUUAUAAAUUCUUCUCCCUUUCCUCUGUGGAUAAGCUGGAACAGAUUUAUGAAUGUACUGAUACAGAAGAUGUGUGUAUUGUGGGAAGAUUAUUUUCAAGUAGCCUGGUGGCCAUUGUUAGCCUCAAAGCUCCACGAAAGCUAAAAGUCUGCCACUUUAAGAAGGGGACUGAAAUAUGUAAUUAUAGCUAUUCCAAUACCAUAUUGGCAGUCAAAUUGAAUAGACAGAGGUUGAUAGUAUGCCUAGAAGAAUGUCUUUACAUACACAAUAUUCGUGAUAUGAAGGUACUGCAUACAAUCAGGGAAACUCCCCCAAACCCUGCAGGUUUGUGUGCACUGUCAAUAAACAAUGACAAUUGUUACCUGGCUUAUCCUGGGAGUGCAACUAUUGGAGAAGUACAAGUCUUUGACACCAUUAAUUUGAGGGCUGCUAAUAUGAUACCAGCUCAUGAUAGUCCCCUAGCAGCUUUGGCUUUUGAUGCAAGUGGUACCAAACUUGCCACAGCUUCUGAGAAGGGUACUGUUAUUAGGGUAUUUUCCAUUCCAGAAGGACAGAAAAUCUUUGAGUUCCGGAGAGGAGUGAAGAGGUGUGUAAGCAUCUGCUCUUUGGCCUUCAGUAUGGAUGGAAUGUUCCUCUCUGCUUCCAGUAACACUGAAACAGUGCACAUCUUCAAACUUGAGACUGUGAAAGAGAAACCUCAGGAGGAACCAACUACCUGGACUGGUUACUUUGGGAAAGUUCUUAUGGCCUCUACCAGCUAUUUGCCCUCUCAAGUAACAGAAAUGUUUAACCAGGGAAGGGCAUUUGCUACUGUCCGACUACCAUUCUGCGGUCACAAAAAUAUCUGUUCACUUGCCACAAUUCAGAAGAUUCCCCGAUUAUUAGUAGGAGCUUCUGAUGGUUACUUAUAUAUGUACAACCUGGAUCCUCAGGAAGGAGGGGAAUGUACCCUGAUGAAACAACACAACCUUUUCAAAGAAAUAGAGGAGGAAUAAAUUGCCCAACUGUCCCUAGACUGAGACAUACUUCCUUCAACAUGACCACUUGGAGUGAACACCACCAGAGUUCACUUCUGAGUGGUACAUAAUUAAUGAAUGAAUUGCUCCUUUGUUAGUAGGACACAGUGACUGGGCCUAGCUAUUGCUGGUCAACACCAAUGAGGUAGCUUCCUGAAGUCUGACUCCUCUCUCGCCUGUUGUGGCUAAUAGCAAACUACAGUCGAUUCUGUGGACCUUUCUGGUAAAUCUUUGACUUUGAAGUUUACAAGGUCAAAAUCUGGUCUUCCAUCUCAGAUUCUCUCAUGAUCAGGAAAGAAGAAACAACCAAGAGAAACAGCAUCAUGAAUUUAUAAGACCAGCCAGGGCUGACAGGACUCCAUCAAACUUUGGAGCAGGUUUACCAGGCCUCCAUACUGAUUACUAUCAGCAGGCAGACACAUUGCACAUUCAUCAUGAACUGAACAUUGGCCAGUCUCCCCCGAGAGACCAUCCUUAUCUGACUAGGAUGCAUUUUGAACAUAUUGUCCUUAUCCUGGGUACCGGGGAGGUGCUGUCCUUUCUUUUGUUUACCUAAUGUCAGACAGGAAAGUGUCAAUAUGAUUUUUUUAAAAAUAUUUUUUUGAGAGUCAUAGAUUAAAUUUUUAUCCUCAUACUGUGAAUAUCUAUUUUGCUUUGAAUGUUUAAUAAUUUUACCGUGUUGCUCUCCUCCAUGUAUGUGCUUGCUUCUUGUGUUCAGUUUUGUAAAAAAAUUUUUUUAACCUUUGUCUUCUGUCUUAGGAUUGAUAAUAAGUAUUGGUUUCAAGGCAGAAGAGUGGUAAGGGCGGGCACUGGAUUUUAAGUGACUUGCUCAUUCAAACAACUCAGCUAGGAAUUGGUUGAGGACAGAUUUGAACCCAGGUCCUCCCAUCUCCAUGCCUUACCUCUAGCCACUGAGCCAUCUUGUUUCCCUGCAUUUGUGUAUGUUUCAAAAACUUGUUUUAUUGAUCUUUUCUGGGCUGGGUCAGGCAGGUAUCUCUUGGCUUCUCACUGGAGUUAGCCCCUGUGGCUAUCAGCAAACUCUGCUAUACUACACUUGAUGGGCUUCUUUCUCAUGGCUCUUUUCACCUUUUGAAGCUUAUACGGUCAUAAUCUGGGACUAUUCCAUCUCAGGUACUUACCUAAUUUCAUUCAUCAGUGAAAAGACACGAAAUAGAAUUGAAGCCAACAUGUAAUACAAACUUGACCAGAAAUUCCCCCAAACAUAAUUAACCUGGAUGAGAAACAAAAAGAAAGACUAACCAUAAAAAGGUUUGCUGGUGGCAGGGACACAAAGACACAAAUACAGAAAAAGUUACUAAAAAAAGUUACUAAAACUUCUAGUCUUGGCAGAAAGCACAAGUUGGACACAAAUGAGCUAGAACACCUGGAAGAGAUGUUUUUAUAAAAUGAAAAGAUAUGGAAAAGGCAUUAAAAACUUGUUGCAAGAGGUAGAAAUCCUUGCCUAAGCAGCAAAUUCCUUGAAAAUUAGAAUGAACUAAAUAGAAGGCAAUGAUUCCAAAGUCAAAAGACUGGGAAAAACAACUGACUUGGGAAAAAAAAAUAGAUUGAAGAGGAGAACCCUUAAUCCUUGGACCAUCUGAAUACUGAGAAAAGAGAUCUAGAACAGAUCUGUUUAGGCUUUUUUUUUGGUCUAGUGUGCAAAGUGGGAACCACUGGUUACUAAUUGAAGAAACACCAAAAUGAAAACUUUUAGGAAUAUCAGACAACAAUCAAAGCUACUCAGAGAAGUAAUGCAAGCAGCCAGAAACAAAGAAUUCAAUUACCAAGGAUCCUAUCAAGAUUACAUGUGAUUUUAGCAGCCACUACUACUUAGCCCAAGCAUAUGUACUUACAGCCAAGAAUAACUUAAGCAAAACUGAAUAUAAUCAGAAUAUAAUCAAAAAUGAACCUUGAAUGUCAAUAGAGAAUUUCCAAGGAAUCCCAAUGAAGGCUAGGAUUGCAUUGAAACAUAGGAAGGAAGAGAAAAAGACAAAUGUGAAGAUAAGGGACAAAACAAGAUGAUAUACAAAUGUCCCCUCUGAACUCUUAUCAUCUGAGGUGGUUCUGUUGUCUUUAUGUUAAGGAACAAGGAGGAAGUGGAAACAAAGGGAAAGGAAGAUUAGGGAAAAUUAUCUUAUUAAAGUGGAAAAGCAGAUAUUUUUACAAAUGAAGGGGGAACAGUUGAUCCUUAAAGGAAGAGUACAGACAUAUACAAUUAGAUUCAGAAGUACAUUUAACUCAAUGAAGUAGAAGGAAAAGGGAAGGAGAAAAAUUGGUCCUAAACACAAAUGUAGAAAUAUAGUUCUUUUUGAGUUGGAAGAGAAUCUUGGAAACCUGGAAGUUUCCAUAAAUUGGAGAAUGAACAAGUUAUGGUAUAUUAAUGUGGUUAAGUUUUCUAAAAGUUGUGCUAUAAGAAAUAAUGGAGGGAAUGGCUUCAGAGAAUAUUCUAUUAUAUUCAUACAGCAUUAUCGCUGCACAGGUAAUAAAUGCUUUUAUUUCCAUUUCUUAGACCAGUUCGUGGUAAAUAUCUUUUUAAAAGUCUCAUGUGUACAGGAAAGACAAUUAAAUCAUUAACCCCUCCACCCAAACAGUUAUGCAGA